CUGCUGUUGAACAUCAACUUCUCGUCACGAACGACCUCCAUGGAUGUGCAGCGCAAUCUGGAGGCAAACGUUGAGAAGAGAACAAAGGAUUCGUUUGGCCCUCCACCCGGCAAGAGAUUGAUAGUCUUCAUUGAUGACAUGAAUAUGCCUCAGGUGGACACAUACGGCACCCAACAACCGGUUGCUCUGCUAAAACUACUGUUAGAGCGUGGUGGUAUGUUUGACCGUGGAAAAGAUCUUUCUUGGAAGUUCCUGCGAGAUAUCGGCUACAUUGCCGCCAUGGGAAAGCCCGGUGGAGGUCGUAACGAGGUUGACCCGCGUUUCAUCUCGCUGUUCAGUACCUACAACAUUACAUUCCCGUCGCAGCUGAGUCUGCAUCACAUCUUCUGCUCCAUACUGAAGGGGCACACCAAGCCGUUUGCCAAGUCAGUACACGAUCUCAGUGAGAAACUCACCACGGCGACCAUGGAUCUGUACGCUAAGAUCGUACGUGAUCUCCCACCGACACCCAGCAAGUUUCACUACAUUUUUAACUUGCGAGAUUUGUCGCGCAUCACUCACGGACUGUGCUUGACAACUCCGUCUUGUUUCGAGAAACCAGCCAUGUAUGUCAGAUGUUGGCGCAAUGAAGGUAUGCGCAUCUUCUUUGAUCGCCUCACCACGGAGAAAGACAAAGCUCUGGUUCAGGGUCAUAUCGAGUCAAUCCUGUCGGAGUACUUCCCGUCGCAUCAAGAGGAGGUGCUGAAGGAUCCUAUUCUCUUCGGAGACUUUUCUGCUGCAGGUGCUGCCGAUCCUAACCAACCUAGACUCUACAAGGCUGUAGCUGACUACGAGACAGCCAAGAAAGUCUUCGAAUCGCAACUUGAAGAGCAUAACUUCGACAACCCACCCAUGAACCUGGUCCUGUUUGACGAUGCCCUGGAGCACUUGACACGUAUCCACCGUGUGAUACGCAUGGACGAAGGCCACUGCCUCCUGGUUGGUGUGGGCGGCUCCGGAAAGCAGAGCUUGACUAAAUUGGCCGCGUUCACGGCCGGGUGUGAGGUAUUUGAGAUAACUCUCAGCCGUGGCUAUGGAGAGCCCGAGUUCCGUGAAGACCUCAAAGUGCUCUAUAACAAACUGGGUUUGGAGAACAAGAAAGUCGUCUUCCUCUUCACGGAUGCGCACGUCGCACAGGAAGGAUUCCUGGAAUUGAUCAACAACAUGUUGACAUCAGGAAUGGUACCAGCAUUGUUUGCCGACGAUGAAAAAGACAGUCUGCUAAAUCAGACACGUGACGAAGCAAUGAAGGCCGGAUCCAGCCCGGCCCGAGAGAGUAUCUGGUCGUAUUUCGUCAAGAAAUGCGCUAACAACCUUCACAUUGUGCUGGCAAUGUCUCCGUCGGGUGACACACUGCGUACGCGCUGUCGUAACUUUCCCGGUCUGGUUAGCAACACGGUUAUCGACUGGUUCAUGCCAUGGCCCAAACAGGCGCUGCACGCCGUCGCGUCCGUCUUUCUGGGUGAUUGUACGCACAUCGAUAGCGAGACGCUAAAGGAAUCCAUCGUGGCACACGUAGUGUUUGUUCACAUGUCCGUUGGCGAGAACAGCGACAUGUUCCUGCGCAAGCUACGCCGGGUCAACUGUGUCACACCGAAGAACUACCUGGACUUCAUCAACACCUACAUGAGACUGCUGGAUGAGAAGAAAAAGAAAGUUUCCGAUCAGUCGUCUCGUCUUACAAGCGGCUUGCAGAAGCUAAACGACGCCGCCGAGGCCAUAAGCGAGAUGGGAAAGAAGCUGGCUGUUCAGCAGGUCGCUGUCAAGGAGAAGACCCAGGCCUGUGAAACACUGCUCGAGGAGAUCGUGCAGCGCAAAGGCCUGGCCGAGGAGAAGCAGCAAGUGGCCAUUGCUAAGAGCGCCGAGAUUGAGGAGCAGAAUAAGGUCAUUGCCGUGGAAAAGGCCGAAGCUGAAGAAUCGCUGAGUGCCGCCUUGCCCGCUCUGGAAGAGGCACGCAACGCGCUGAAGAGUCUUGACAAAGGACACAUCACGGAAAUCAGAUCGUUUGCACAGCCGGCUAAGGCCGUGCAGAAGGUUUGCGAGUGUGUUCUCAUUCUGAAAGGUUUCAAGGAAAUCAACUGGAAAACUGCCAAGGGAAUGAUGGCCGAGUCUGGAUUUCUCUCCUCGCUCAUGAAUAUGGACGUUGAUGGUAUCUCGGUGAAGCAGUCCACGGAGUGCAAGUCCAAGUUGAAGGAGGCCGACGCUACCUACGAGCGCAUGAAAGAAGUCAGCUUUGCCGGCGCUGGGUUGUACAAGUUUGUUUCGGCUGUCCUUGGUUACUGCCAAGUGGCAAGGGAAAUCAAACCAAAACGAGAAAAGGUAGCUCGGCUUGAACGGAACUUCAACAUGAGCAAGCGAGAGCUGGAGCGCAUCCAGAAGGAGCUGUCGGCCAUCGAAGCAGAACUCGCCGAACUCAACAGUAAAUACGAGGAGGCCACUCUUGGUAAACAACAGCUGCAAGAAGAAGCCGAGCGUAUGGAGAGGCAACUAACUGCUGCCGAUAAGCUUAUCUCUGGUCUUAGUUCCGAGAAAGAACGUUGGACAAAGGAUGGUGAGAAACUCAGUGACACCAAGGUCCGUCUGCUCGGUGAUUGCUUGCUAGCGUCUGCGUUCCUCAGCUACCUUGGUGCGUUCAGCUGGGAGUUCCGGAAGAACAUGAUGAACGACGAGUGGCUGGUUGAUGUCAAACAGCGUAACAUUCCCCACACGGAGAACUUCCGCCUUGAAGAACUGCUCACUAAUGAUGUAGAAAUCAGCAGAUGGACGUCUGAAUCCUUGCCCCCGGAUGAGUUGUCGAUACAGAACGGAAUACUGACGACACGCUGUAGUCGGUUCCCACUCUGCAUCGACCCUCAGCAACAGGCUCUGACAUGGAUCAGAAAGAAAGAAGCCAAGAACAACCUCAAGAUUGCCACUUUCAAUGACAGUGAUUUUCUCAAGCAGUUGGAGAUGGCUAUACGCUACGGAUCACCAUUCCUAUUCCGUGACGUGGACGAGUACAUUGACCCGGUCAUUGACAAUGUACUCGAGAAGGUUAUCAAAGGCUCUGGGCAGCGUCGUUACAUCAUGCUCGGUGACAAGGAGGUGGACUACGACCCGAAUUUCAAACUCUAUCUCAAUACAAAGCUUGCCAACCCUAAGUACACUCCUGCCGUAUUUGGAAAGUCCAUGGUUAUCAAUUACACCGUGACACUCAAGGGUUUGGAAGACCAGCUGUUGAGUGUUAUCGUGGCUCACGAGAAGAAAGAACUCGAGGCACAGAGAGAGUCGCUGAUCCAAGAAACCAGUGAUAACAAACGUCUGCUGAAGGACCUGGAGGACACUCUGCUGAGAGAGCUGGCCGCGUCCACGGGUAACAUGCUGGACAAUGAGGAGCUAAUUGCCACGCUGGAAAACACAAAGACCAAGGCCACGGAAGUCACGGAGAAGCUAGAGUUAGCCGGCAAGACGUCAGCAGAAGUGGAUGUGCUGCGUGAUGGCUAUCGUCCUGCGGCCAAACGCGGUGCCGUACUCUUCUUCGUCCUGUCUGAAAUGGCCGCCAUCAACGUCAUGUACCAGUACUCGCUGGCUAGUUUCCUGGACGUGUUUAACCUGUCACUGCGCAAGUCACUGCCCAACCCUCACCUGCACAAGCGUCUCAAUAACAUCAUGGAUACGCUGACCAUCAAUGUGUAUAAUUAUGCGUGUACCGGUUUGUUUGAGGAGCACAAGCUACUCUUCUCAUUCCAGAUGACAAUCAAGUUGGACGAGGCCAGCGGAGAAAUGAAACAAGACGAACUUGACUUCUUCGUCAAGGGUAACAUUGCACUGGAGAAGACACCGCGUGCUAAGCCGUAUCCAUGGAUACCUGACCAGGGCUGGGAGGACAUACAGCGACUGAUGGAGGUUGUUCCUGAUGUGUUUGGUUCCUUGGCUGAUGACGUGGAGCGUAAUGGUGCCACUUGGAAAGAGUGGUUUGACUCUGAUAUGCCUGAGAGUACGUCACUGCCGGGCAAGUACGAAGCGGCCAUGAACAACUUCCAACGGCUGCUGAUCCUGCGCUGUUUCCGCGUCGACCGUGUGCAUCGCGCCGUCAUGAACUUUGUGACCGACCGCAUGGGAGAGCAGUAUGUCACACCGCCCGUUGUCAGCUUUGAGGGGAUCUUCGAGCAGUCGACCCCUACCUCACCAAUCGUGUUCAUUCUAAGCCCAGGGUCCGACCCGGCUGGUGAACUUGGCAAGCUGGCAGAGAGAUCUGGCUUCGGAGGAAACCGACUCAAGUUCCUCUCCAUGGGUCAAGGACAAGAAAAGCUUGCUCUGAGUUUGUUGGACACGGCAGUGACACGAGGACAAUGGCUGAUGUUACAGAACUGCCACCUGUUGGUCAGAUGGUUGCGAGAUCUAGAGAAGGCCUUGGAGAAGAUCGCUACCGGCAAGCCUCAUCCAGACUUCCGCCUCUGGUUGACCACUGCACCAACACCAGACUUUCCGAUCGGUAUUUUGCAGCGGUCACUGAAGGUGGUGACUGAGCCGCCGAACGGGCUGAAGCUCAACUUACGUAACACGUACCAUCGCAUCACACCGGGUUCACUGAACGAAUGUUCUCACGCCGCCUUUCAACCACUGGUGUACGUUCUUGCCUUCUUUCACGCUGUGGUUAUCGAACGGCGCAAGUAUGGCAAGAUCGGGUGGAAUGUAUCGUAUGACUUCAACGAGAGUGACUUCUCCGUGUGUAUGAAGAUUCUGGAAACGUACCUGAGCAAGGCUUACGAAAGCGGAGACACCAGCAUACCAUGGAACAGUCUAAAGUAUCUCAUAGGAGAGGUAAUGUACGGUGGGAGAGCUAUAGAUGAUUUUGAUCGUCGUGUUCUCAACACCUACAUGAAUGAGUACAUGGGAGACUUCAUCUUCGACACCUUUCAGCCAUUCCACUUUCAUUGCCAUGGUGAUGUAGAUUACAAGAUUCCGGAAGUACCCGAGGCGGCAGAGAUGACACGACCAGCCAAGGACUAUUACGUGGACUACAUUGAGUCUCUGCCGCUAGCCAACGCACCAGACGUGUUUGGUCUUCACCCGAAUGCCGAGAUAGCUUACAGCACCAGUGCAGCACGCAACAUGUGGCUACAGCUGGUGGAGCUACAGCCACAGACCGGUGACAGCGGAGGUGGUAUUAGCAGAGAAGAGUUCAUUGCACGUAUAGCCGGCGAUAUCCAGAACAAGCUUCCGAAGACGUUUGAACUGGAUCGUGUUCGUAAACAACUGGGUACAGAGCUCAGUCCGCAGUCGGUGGUGCUACUGCAAGAACUGGAACGGUUCAACAAACUACUCAAGAAAAUGUCCUCGUCUCUGUCCAGCUUGCAGAAGGCACUUGCCGGUGAGGUGGGAAUGAGCAAUGAACUUGACGAGGUCUCAAAGUGUCUGUUCAAUGGGCAGAUACCUGGCAUCUGGCUAGCCCUGGCACCGGCUACGCUCAAGAACCUGGGCAACUGGAUGAUUCAUCUGCUGAAGCGCAACGAGCAGUAUUCCCACUGGGUGAACGACGGUGAGCCGAUAGUGAUGUGGCUGUCGGGACUGCAGAUCCCGGAAUCCUAUCUGACAGCGCUGGUGCAGGCCACGUGUCGCAAGAACGGCUGGCCGCUUGACAAGAGUACGCUCUAUACAAAUGUUACACACUGGCAGAAUGCAGAUGAGGUGCAAGAGCGUCCAUUGUCUGGCUGCUACGUCACAGGGCUGUACUUGGAAGGUGGAAUGUGGGAUCCGGAGCGUAACUGCAUAAAACGCUCGCUACCCAAGCAGCUCAUUCAGGACCUACCCGUGCUCAAGGUGACGCCGAUAGAGAGUCACCGACUCAAGCUGCAGAACACGUUCCGGACGCCCGUCUACACGACGUCACUGCGACGUAAUGCCAUGAGCGUGGGCCUGGUGUUCGAGGCGGAUCUGUUCAGCCAGGACCACCCGUCGCACUGGACCCUGCAGGGUGUCUGCCUUCUGCUCAACACCGAUUAGACCAAGUCCAUACAUGCAUAGUAUUAGUUUUAGUAUUAGUAAGGUGGUGAUGGUGAUGGUGGGUAGGUGUUAUGACAUCAUUAUGACAUCAUCAUGACAUCAUGAUAACAUCACCUAUGACCUUAAUAUGACAUCACCUUUGAUGUCAUCGUUACAUCACCCUGCAAAAUGGUCAACACAGACUCCAUAGCAUAUUGGCAUUGUACAUGGGGCACGGGCGCGGUUAUGACGUCACGCUCUCCAGCAAUGGUGCCAAGAAUACAGCGUUCUGUUUGCUUGCAAUAGCAUACUAUAUACCUGGCGCACCAUCACUAUGUUCGUUUCGUCAUGACAACUGGUGAACAGUGCGAGCACUCACUGCAUUCUGGAACCAUGAUUAAAUUAAUUUUUGUUGCCGGACUACAUGUUGGCUGUGUCGGCGGCAUGCAUACUCUGACUUGCAUAUUGUGUGUUUGUCCAUCUGUGUAAUUAAUCUCCUUGCUUAUACACCUACAUCCACUAUACUGAUAUGGAUGUUUUACUUUUGAGCUGCUCACAAAUGCCAUAUUUGCGACCUGUACCAGGUCAAAAUAUUUUUUUAAUCAUUUAAACACGUGAACUGAUGUCUGUCUGUUCAGGUUAUGUUUCCCAUGGCAGUGUUUCUGUAUUUGCUCCUGAUAUUUUAUUCUCGAAUCCCUUUAUAAUGUUUCUCGUGGUUCUUUGUUAUACAUCAGCCCAGAUUCCCCUCCACAUUUCCUGUCUUUGUCCCGGUGGAUUUUCUUACAGUUAUUUGUUAUACAUCAGCCUAGAUUCCCCUCCACAUUUCCUGUCUUUGUCCCGGUGGAUUUUCUUACAGUUAUUUGUUAUACAUCAGCCUAGAUUCCCCUCCACAUUUCCUGUCUUUGUCCCGGUGGAUUUUCUUACAGUUAUUUGUUAUACAUCAGCCUAGAUUCCCCUCCACAUUUCCUGUCUUUGUCCUGGAUUUUCUUACAGUUAUUUGUUAUACAUCAGCCUAGAUUCCCCUCCACAUUUCCUGUCUUUGUCCCGGUGGAUUUUCUUCGCAUUGCCAGUGUACGCAUGUGUUUGUUCGGAAUCACCAGAAUUUUAUUCAAGUAUUUACUGGUGCUUGUUCAGAAUUGCCGGAAUUCUCUUUGAAUUGCCGAAGUUUUGUUCUGAAUUGCCGGAGUUUGUUCUGAAUUGCCGGGUUUGUUUUGAAUUGCAGGAAUUCUCUUUGAAUAGCCGGAGUUUAUUUUGUAUUGCCGUAGUUUGCUCCAUUUACAUGUACAUAAUACAUGUCUAUCUGACAUCUUCUGACCCUCUUUGUGUCCAGUCAAUUGUCUAUAAUAUUCACUAAUAAUAUUUUCAAACUUAUUCUAUCAUAUUCUCUGCUGCUGUCGCUCUAGCUUGUACUUGUAAGUACGUAUGGCAUUUUGCUCUAUGAAAUCCAGUCCCGUCACUCAAGUACACGCCAGGCGUUGCUCAGUCCUAGACCUGUGAACACUGUACUUGGCUGUCAAAUUGUACAAGGCGCUAAAUUGAGUCACGUGACUGGGUUUCAUUGAGCAGCUGUACUGUACUAGCAUUACGACCUUUGUGUAUGUUACAAUUUCAUUUUAGUGCUGAUAGCUGCUGCUCGCCGGGUUUCCAGGAGAUGUGCUGUGCAGGGCCAGGGGUUUGUCUGACUGAUUUGCGCUUGCGCUUGCUUGCGAGCUGUAGCCAUGUUUGCCAUGCCAACUCUUUUGAAAAUGUGCUGCACUCACCUUGUCUUGCGUUAGCAUCAAGAAUACAAUCAUCAUGACUUUUGUGAUCUUGAUCACUCGCUGUA